CUCAAAGCCGUUCAGUCAGCAGCAGUCGAACCAGAGCAUCGUUAUCGUGAAAUAUUUACGAGACUCUAAGGAAAAGUCUUUUUGGGAGAGUGUUGUGUGAAUUGUUGUGAAAAGGAGACAGCCGCACAAUGAUGACAAACCGAUGCGCUUGCUUCGCCUUGGCCUUCCUGCUAUUCUGCUUCCUGGCCAUCUCGAGCAUCGAGGCAGCUCCCAUGCCCAGGUACCAAUCCAAUGGAAGAGGCUAUGGCGGAGGUUACAAUGAGCUGGAGGAGGUGCCGGACGAACUACUCAUGGAGCUGAUGACUCGCUUUGGACGCACCAUUAUAAGGGCACGCAACGAUCUCGAGAACUCUAAGCGAACCGUGGACUUUGGCUUGGCACGUGGCUACUCCGGUACCCAGGAGGCGAAGCAUCGCAUGGGUCUGGCUGCGGCAAACUUUCCCGGAGGACCUGGACGAAGGCGACGCUCUGAGACCGAUGUCUAAGGCGCUAAACUCUGGCUGAACGAGUCCUGCGGACGUUAAGGACGAGUUUCCUCUUCUCAACACUCAAACUUGGCCCAUAAUUUGUGUCUUCUAUAGAGCUCUCUCUCUCUCUGACUUUCAUUAUGUUGGAUUGUUUGUUAUGCAUUGUACAUAUAUAUAUUUAUCACGAAUCUGACCUCAUGUUUUCAUAAUUUCCGCACAAGUGUUUUGCAGUAUUAUGGAAUAAUAAUAAUAAAUACUUACCAGAUAUCAAAAUAUAUGCAUACGAAUAACCAAGUCGAACACCGAAAUAAACACGUUAAACUGUUGCUCCUAAAGAUAAUGUUGAACCCCGUUUAAUGUCCAUUUCCAUCCCAGAUUAUCUUCUCUUCCUCGGAAAUUCUUUUAAUCGCUCGUCUUAGUCGUUAAAUAAAAUGGCAAAACUUAAAAAGAGAGAAAUAAAUAUCCAAAUAAAUAUAUAUAUAUAUUCAAGUGUAAGCAAAAUCGCGCAAAAAAUCUUUAACUAGGUAUGUCUUACAUAAACACGACAACUAUAUACACAAGACACAUAAAAUGCAUAUAUGAAAAACGUUUUGGCCCCCAAAUUAGCCAAGGAAAAUACCCAGCGAAACUUUAAGUUUAUUCUUUAACAACUCAAUAGUCAACAAGAUCAAGAUCCUUCACCGAUCGAUUGUAAAUAUAAAUUAUUAAAACACGUACAACAAUGCGAUACAAAAAUAU